GAAUUUUUCAGCUCUGCAAUGAACAGUUUAAAUAGUACAGUUGUAUGAAGGUUCGAUAUAUCUAAACAGAUAUAAGUAGGUUAGCUUCCGCAUUAAAUUAUGUUGUGUUCUACAAUUUAUUUUGACAUUCUUAGAAUGAGAGAAUGCGAACAGAAUAAUAUAAAGUAAAUAUAAAAGUUAAAACUGAAAAACAUGUAUAUAAAGAAGUGUCACUAAAGGUUAUGCGCAUAAAGAUUAAACUCUGUUAGUACAAUCUCUAUUUGAAAGGAAAAUAGUACUGUCAACAUAAAAUUUUUCAAUAUAUUCUACAUUUCUCUAUAUAUAAUUAUUCAAAAUUUAUUCAAUAAGUGUAAAACAUGUUUACUAAUAAGGUUAGAUUUAUUAUAAGACAAAGCGCUUCAUGUAACUAUAUUAACAAAACGUAUAACCUUUUAAUAAUUGGUAACAUUAAUAAUUCUGAAAAAUGUUCAGUUCGAAACAAUUUUACAUACUUUUCGCGUGAAAGUGAGAAGAUCAAGAAAAGCUAUCGAUUUUUAUACGUCAUUCCUUGUUUUGUCACCAGCCUUAUUGCCUGGAAGAGGAUAAGGCAAAAAUAUUUGUCCACGGUUAAUGCGGCUGAAAUGAUCACCGAUGAAGAAUCAAAUGACGAAGAUAAAAAUGAGCAAUUGGAUGAAAUACAAGAAGAUAAAAAGAAAAAGAAGAAGAAGGCGAAAAUUGGGUUUCGUGAUCGAAAGAUUAUAGAGUACGAAAAUCGUUUGAGAGCGUAUUCGACGCCUGACAAAAUUUUUCGUUACUUCGCUACCGUAAAAAUAUCGAGUUUAGAAGGUAGCGAAGUUUAUAUGACUCCAGAUGACUUCAUCAGAUCAAUUACUCCUGGCAUGAGACAACCAGAUGGACUUGGGUUGGACAAAUAUAAACGUUACGAUCCUAAGAAUAUUCACACAAAGUUAGAACUGGCUUUAGAUGAAGAUAGCAUCUUUUACAAACUUGGAAGUGCUGGUUUAAUUAGUUUCUCCGAUUAUAUAUUCUUACUCACCGUAUUAUCCACUUCUAGGAGACAUUUCGAAAUCGCCUUCAGAAUGUUUGAUUUUAAUGGCGAUGGUGACGUUGAUUCUGAGGAAUUUGGAAAAGUUGCUACUUUAAUUCGACAACAAACCAGUAUCGGAAAUCGACAUCGUGAUCACGUUACCACUGGUAAUAUGUUUAAGGGUGUUAAUUCAGCAUUGACUACAUAUUUCUUUGGUCAAAACAUGAAAGGGAAGUUGACCAUUGAGAAAUUUUUAGAGUUUCAACAGCAAUUGCAAACAGAAAUACUUAGUUUAGAGUUCGAACGAAGAAAUCCUGAUGAAAACGGUCGAAUAACUGAAGUAGAUUUCACAGAAUUGUUGCUUGCAUAUGCUGGAUAUCCCGACAAAAAAAAAGCGAAGAUUAGGAAAACUGUAAAAAAGCGCUUUAAAGAUAAUCCAAAGGGAAUAGACAAAGACGAGUAUCUGAAGUUUUUUCAUUUUUUAAAUAAUAUCAAUGACGUGGAUACAGCACUGACAUUUUAUCAUAUUGCUGGAGCAUCAAUUGAUCCAGCUACCCUAAAACAUGUAGCAAAAACAGUGGCUCAUAUUGAUCUGAGUGACCAUGUAAUACAAGUGGUUUACAUUAUUUUUGACGAAAACAUGGACGGCCAAUUGAGUAACAAAGAAUUUGUUGCUGUAAUGAAAAAUAGGGUUCUAAGAGGAUUAGAGAAGUCAAAAGAUACUGGUUUUGUCAAACUAAUCGAAUCAAUGGUAAAAUGUUUAAAAAUUAGUUAUAAUAUGCAUUUUGAUAAUUAAAGCAAAAUUACGAGGUU